GUUCAGAAGUUCAAGUGUAGCGUAGCCGAGAGUGCUACAACAUUUUUCGCUCCGCUUCGGUAAUAAAGUAGUAAAACCAUUCAUCCACAAAAUCCCCAACUAACAGCUCAGAAAACCAGAAAAUAACCCUUCGGAUAGUUUCUUCGGUGCUUGUGGUAUAAAGAAAACAGGAAAGCUGGAGAAAUUAGAGCAGUUUGCGAAACUUUCGAAAAUGGACCGAAAGGCGGAAUUGGAGCGGAAGAAGGCCAAACUGCAGGCCCUCCGCGAGGAGAAGGACCGACGCCGCAAGGAGAAGGAGAUGAAGGACCUGGAGGAGGCGGCAGGGAAACUCGGACAUCCUGAAAGUAACACCAGAAAAGACCUUGAUGAGAUGCUCUCUUCGUUAGGCGUGGCACCAGUCUCGGAAGUGCUUUCAUCGCUCUCAUCGGUAAACUCGGCCACAUCUGAUCAGUCGGCCAACCAUACGCCAGAUGCCAGUUUGCAGCCCAGCGUAAAUGGACAAACUACCCGUAAGAAGCCGAUCAACCUGAGCCUGGUGUCGGUUCAAGCAACAAACAUUCCCCCUAAAGAAACCGUAGUGUACUCGAAACAAACCCAAACCACCAGCACGGGAGGUCACGAACGCGAUGUUUUUUCUUGCCAUUCCUCACCUCUGUCAGGAUAUAUGGAGGAUUGGUGGAGACCCCGUAAAGCUCAUGCCACGGAUUAUUACGAUGAAUACAAUCUAAACCCCGGUUUAGAGUGGGAGGAUGAGUUUACAGGUGACGACGAGGAGAACUCCCUGACUCAUAUCGAUCAUGGCUUCCAUUCGAAACUACCGCCGGGCAUUUUACCCCAUGGGCUGCCAACGGUCAAGGAAGUGGCCCCGGCAAUCACACCGCAAGAACAGAAAAAGGAAGAAGUUAAGGAAGUCAAAGAGCUGUCCGCGGAGCAAAAACAGAUGAUCAUACUAUCAGAAGACUUCCAGCGGUUCAUCCUAAGGACUGGUAAAAUUAUGGAACGCGCUCUAUCCGAACAAGUGGAUAUUUACAUGGAUUAUAUUGGAGGAGGCGAUACUGAUGAUAUAAACGAUGAACGUUCCCUUGCACGAUUAUCUUUGAAUCGUACAUUUUACUGUGAUCGGUGGUCGAAAAAUCGAUGCGUCACUUCGUUUGAUUGGUCAACGCACCACCCGGAGCUAAUGGUAGCUUCCUAUCACAAUAACGAAGAAUCGCCCAACGAACCGGACGGAGUGGUCAUCGUAUGGAACACAAAGUUCAAGAAGCACACCCCGGAGGAUGUGUUCCACUGUCAGAGCGCCGUCAUGUCGACCUGCUUUGCCAAGUUUCACCCGAAUUUGAUUUUGGGUGGAACUUACUCCGGUCAGAUCGUACUGUGGGACAAUCGAGUACAGAAGCGAACACCCAUCCAGAGGACCCCUCUGAGCACUAAUGCACACACGCAACCGGUGUACUGUCUUUCCAUGGUGGGUACACAAAAUGCCCACAACGUGAUUUCCAUCAGUUCGGACGGCAAGCUGUGCUCGUGGAGUUUGGAUAUGCUUUCGCAACCGCAGGACGUCCUAGAACUACAACAGCGACAAUCGAAGGCGAUUUCUGUCACUUGCAUGGCCUUCCCGCACAAUGAAGUCAACAAUUUCGUUCUCGGUAGCGAAGACGGAUACGUUUACUCAGCCUGCCGUCACGGUAAUCGUUCCGGAAUCGGGGAAACGUACGAAAAGCAUUUGGGACCUGUCACUGGUAUUUCGGCACAUCAUAACCAAUCGUCGCCUGACUUUGGGCACUUGUUCCUGACAUCCUCCAUCGAUUGGACCAUCAAACUGUGGAGUCUAAAAGAUAACAAGCCGUUGUACUCAUUUGAAGAUAAUUCCGAUUAUGUGAUGGAUGUCGCUUGGUCCCCUAUUCAUCCGGCUCUCUUCGCUGGAGUUGAUGGCAGUGGUCGACUAGAUUUGUGGAAUCUCAAUCAAGAUACAGAAGUUCCAACGGCAUCGGUUGUGGUGGAAGGCCAACCUGCCUUGAAUAGAGUUUCCUGGACACCUUCGGGAUUGCAUGUGACCGUUGGUGACGAAGCAGGUCGCGUUUAUGUCUACGAUGUGGCAGAUAACUUGGCCAGCCCUCGGAUGGACGAAUGGAAUAAGCUUAAUUCUGUAUUGUACGAGUUGAAAAUGAAUCAGAACGAUGAGUUUGAUGACAUUGACAAGAAGUCACCAAUCCCUCAGACACCUUCCCUAACAUCACUAACAGCAUCACCGCUUAUAUGAAAUUCAAUUAGGCCCUAUUGAGGAUUCGAUAGGGACUUUAAACCAAGCUAAGAAAUAGUUCAUGUCAGUAUAAUGGACGGACGAGAUGUGAAUAUUCAUUACGAAAUACAAGUGCUGGUAACAAUUGUAAUUUGAAGAAGUUAAGUCUGACAUCCGUGCUUUUUUAGAGGGACUCAACACUGAAAGAUAUUUGAUGAAGGCUCAACACUACAGAACUGGAAAAUAACUGUAAACAUUUCAUCCAUAUAUAGGCAGCAUAACCGCUUAAUAAUUGCAAACUUACCUACAUCAUAUAAAAACCAUCAAUAAAGGCAACUGAUAUGAUAACUCAGUCUAACUAAUAUUAUGUGCAAAAAACAACCGUAAUAUUUAUUAUCAAAUGUUGGCUUUACGAUGUAAUAAAAUUUAUCUAUCAGAAAAGGA